CCAUCUCCAGCCCGCGUUGUCACGCGCGGAGCGCCGACCAUGCCUCCCGGAGGCGGUGGCACCGGUCGCGACGAUAGCCGUCUGCUGGCCGGAAUCAUCGUCCCGUUCACCAUCGUCGCGCUGAUUGUGGCCUACUCGGUGGUGGAUUGUGUCUUCCGCAACCGCCGGCGCCAGCGCCGCGAGGAGCAGGCCGAGCGAGACAUGGAGAGUUCUCUGGCGCCCGCCUACAAUACCAAGACCGGGACCAACCUGGCCGGCCCGGCCGUGGCCACCUCCUGCCCGGCCAUCUACGAUGAUGGGACGGUCCUCAGCGGGGAGGAUGACAUCACCGAACUGCCGGCCCGGCUGCAGCCGAUCACCUUCGCCUCGGCACAGGAUCUGUCGCAGCGGCUGCGCGCGCUGCCCGCCCUGGCCAUGACCAUGGCUGCGACCCAGGCCGAUGCCAAGCCCGAGGCCGCCGACUCGGCGGUCCCCUCGUCCCCGACGGUGGCUGCUGUGGCGGCCGCCGCGGCGGCCGGUCUCGCGACCGAUCCCUCCGGCUCGGUGGUUUCCGUGCCGCUGAUCCAUGCGGCGCUGAGUUCCUUUGUGGUGGAUGUGGCCCCGAGUCUGAUUGCCUCGCACCCGCUGGUCACCGGGGCCGGACCCGGGACGGCCCCCUCCACCGAUGAGGAGACCUUCUCCGGUGCGGAUGCCUCGGCCACCGGGGCCGUCUCUGAUGCCGAGUCCGACACCAUCCCCUGCGCGCCGUCCUUCCCGGAUGGCGUGUCUCCGGGUGUCGGCGCCCCGACCAUCCACACGGCCGUCAUGAAGACGAGCGACAGCACCACCGAGGGUGACCUUGUCGUCACUGUCCAGCCGUCCCCCCCCACGAUGCACGCCCGGAGCCGCUUCCUUCGCGAGGCCGUUGCCCUGGCUGCCCUCAACUUCGGCCCUCGGAACUCCGCCAACCAGUACAUCACUCAGCUGGCUGGUGUGUAUGGCGGGGAUGACAUUGCCGCGCCCAAGUCCUUCCUGCCCCCCGCCUUCCUGAACCUGCCACUGGAGUCGCCGAGCCCUCCGAUUCUGGUCGAGCGUUGGCUCGGCCCGGUGACCCUGCGCCACCUGAUUGACUCGCCGCUGGCCAUCGCCCCGGCCACCGCACUGAAGAUUGCCACUGAUAUCUCCGUUGCCCUGGCAUACAUUCACAAGUCGGAGUUCGUCCACCGGAAUGUCAUGCCCGAGCACAUUUGGAUCACCCCGCUGUCCACCAGCCGGCCAGCCAGCAAGCUGCACCCCGGGCUGGCUCCCCUGCCGGCGGAGCUCUUCGAUUUCGCGGUCAAUGCCAAUCGCGAUGCGGCGUCGCACAUGCUGCAAUUCGGCUACCUCCCCCAGGAGGACAUCGACCGGUAUGGGUACUCCUCUCAGGCGGAGAUUAUCACCGGCCCGGCGCCGAUUGAUGGCCCGAUUCAUGGCAUGCCGCCGCCGGCCAACUGGGCCGUCCAGGCGGUGCUCGGCAGCUUCGGCCAGGCUCGCAGCGUGGCCGACAACAAUUACAUCCCCAUCAACCGCGUCAACCGCCGGACGGCUCCCUACUGCUCGCCGGAGGUUUUGCGCAACUUCCAGCGCGCUCGCGAAUCCAUGACCGCCGCCGGGCAUCACGCCUCUCCCGCCUCCGACGUGCUGGAGUUCAGCCCGGAGAUGUCCCGCAAGGCGGACGCCUAUGCCUAUGCCGUGGUUCUGUACGAGCUGGUGACGCGCCGUCGCGCGUGGCAGGGUAUCACUCUGGAUGAGAUCAUCACCCAUGUGGUCAAUGGUGAUCGUCCGGAGCUGCCGGAUCUGGCCCCGCGUGGCUCGUCCUCGGUGGCCCCCUCCUCGGCCAGCGCUCUAUCGCCCUGUGAGCCGCUGUCUCCGUCCUCCGGCGGGACCGCCGGGCUGGAUGGUGGGCCGGAUGUCUUCCCGGUUUCCUCCCCCGGGGCAGCCUUCUCCUCGCUGUCGCAGUCGCUGCACAACCGUUCCGACAGUCUGGUGACCGGGUCCUCCUCUUCGAUCGGCCUGCGCUCCGCCUCCAUCAGCACCUCGGCAUCCAUGGGCGAGGGGCACGAGAGCCUCCCGAUCCAUGCGUCCCACGAGAUCCCCCUCAUUGUGGACACGCUCCAGCUCUGCUGGGAUCCAGAUGUCUGCGAGCGGACCGACAUGAAGACCGUCCUGGCGGCCCUCACCAUCUGGCCCUGAAAAGACAGACAGAGAGCAGGAGAGAGAGAGAGACAGGGAGAAGCCCGCCAAGGCGGAGAAAGCGAUGCUGUCCGAGGAGUAGGCCCAGGCGUCCAACAAAAGCGGCCACCUGGGUGUGUGCAUUCCAUAUGCAUAUGGAUGUGUGCAUCGCGCUGGGCAUCGACAAGGACGCACAUGAGGCACACUCGCAUGCGAUGGUCUCUUUCCCGCGCAUCCCUCGACCGUCGGCCUGGUCUUCGCCCUUUUCCCUUUGCCAAUUCGCACGCGCGAUCCAAAGAGAGGCGGAAGGAGAGAGGAGCGAUUGAGAUAGAGCUGGAAGGCAGGUAGGGGGGAGGCGGGAAAGGGGCGGGCAGGGCGAGUGGCUAACGACGCAAGGGUCGAAAUAUGACCCAUUUCCCUGGCCCGCUCUGUGUCCCCCGCUCUCCUCCUCCUCCUCCUCCCCCCCCCUUUCUCUUUUUGCAGGCCACUGAGAGGGCUGUAUACUACCCCUCUUUCCUUUCCCAUCUUCUUCUCCCCGCUCCCUCCUCGCAUUUCUCUCUCUCUCUCCCUCCCUUCCUCCCUCUGCCUGGCGUCCUUGUAGAAUCCUUCACGCACCGCUCCCUCAGCGAUUUCCCUUCCCCUAUCUUCAUCCCCUGAUCUAAAAGAAAAACACCCACUAUAAACACCGAAUUACUUGCCUCG